CAGCAUAAUAUCUGAAGUUUAGUACUACUAUACGGCAGGUGGAGAUAAUGUCUAGAUAGUCUUGCCCGAGUUCCACUUCCAAACUAUAAAAGCCGCAAUAAAAGCACCGAGUCUGCGGCAGUCGAGUUUACUCUUCUUUUACAACCGUGCUCUCUGAGCUCCUGUAUCUAUCCAAAUUCGAAUUCCAUGAUGUCGUCUCUCCCUGAGACUUAUCAAGCGUUCCGCCGAACAGAAGGCACUGCACCCUUGACAAUCGAGCAGGUCACAGAAAAGCUUCCGCCCAUUGAGUCGCACGAUGUCCUAGUUCGCAUCCAUGCAGUCUCGCUCAACUACCGCGACAUCGCCAUGCUGGACAACACUUAUCCGCAACCCUGCCUUCCCCGCGGAAUUCCCGCCUCGGAUUGUGCCGCCGAGGUUGUAUCCGUCGGAUCUGCUGUCAGUGGCUUCAAGCCAGGCGACCGUGUUACCGCAAUCUGGGACCUGACCAACGUGACCGGAACCGAGGAGCGGGCCCCAGAGGCUCUUGGUGGGGAUGUUGAUGGUGUGCUGCGACAGUAUGCCGUGUUCAAUGAACAAGUGCUUGUGCACUUGCCUGAGCACCUGUCCUGGGAAGAGGCAUCUUGCAUCACUUGUGCCGGAACCACGGCUUGGAACGCUCUUGAAUUCCCUAGAAACAGUGGCACAGCUCUGCUCCAAGGCACCGGUGGUGUGAGCAUGUUCGCGCUUCUGCUCUGUAUUGCAGCGGGCCUGCAGUCCAUCAUCACCUCAUCUUCCGAUGAGAAACUUGAUCAGGCUCGGUCGUUGGGCCCCAACAUCAAGACCAUCAAUUACAAGAAGGUGGACAAGUGGGAAGACGAAGUGCUCCGUCUUACCAACGGUCGCGGUGCUGAUGUCGCUAUUGAGAACGUGGGCCCUGCCACCGUGCGGCAGAGUCUUGCCUCUCUUGCCCAGCGGGGUACCUUAUCCUUGGUGGGAUUCCUUGGAGGACUUGAGGCGAAAGAACUCCCCGAUCUGUAUCUCCCCGUCAUGGUCAAGCGAGUGACUAUGAGGGGUAUCGUUGUGGGUUCCAAGCUCGAUCAACAGGCUUUGUGUGACUUUUUGACGGAAAAGAAAGUAUCCCUCAAGCCUUUGGUUGACGCUGUCUUUCCAUUUGAUCAGUCCAAGGAGGCUUUUGCUCGCCUCAAGUCUGGAAAGCACCAGGGAAAAAUUGUCAUUACCCUCUAGGGUGUGAGAUGUAGUGAAAUGUAGCGAAGGAUCUUGUGAAUGAGCUAUUCCAGGGCGUUACUUAGCAUGAGUAUCAGGUGGACCUCUUGAAUCCAAGCGCAGAUGUAGGGUGUGUUGCGUCUACUUAGGCAGUAGUACUCAGGUAAGUACCUAGCCUGAGGUCGAGUGGGCUUACCACUUUAGGCAAUUGCCCCCUCUCUCCAGGCUGGCACUGCACCUCUACCCGUGACCGAGGACGGUUCCAACUCUUCAAGGUUCCAUGCUUCCGGUCCGUUUCCGCUUCAUCUC